AUGGCGACCAAAAUACUGAGUUUUGCGACCAAAGCGUUGCGAAGACGGGAAGCGCUGGCCAUCCGUCUCGCCUCACACUCGGCGGCCGUACUCUCACGUCCGGCACAACUCACAGAACUCGGGAAUGGCAUCCGUGUGGCCACCGAAGACAUGGGCGGCGCCACCGCUGCCAUCGAUGUCUGCAUUGAAAGCGGCAUUGAGAUUAUGGGCCGAUUGGUAUCGGUUCCCGACUUCUCCAACAUCGAGAACGCACGCAAUCGUGUCUUCAGAGAGAUGGCGGCCACCGAUGCAGACAACGAGGCGGUAGUGAUGAACGGUUUGCACGCAAUGGCCUUUCAAAACACUUCACUCGCACUGCCAGUCAUCGGUCGCUCGGAGUCGUUGUCCCAAUUGACUCAAGAGGACUGUCAAAACUAUGUCAACACUCACUUCAAGGGACCCCGGAUUGUGGUCGCAGUGGCCGGUGAUGUGCAUCACGACGACGCCGUGAAGAGUGUGGACAAGAGUUUUAGCAAAAUAACGAGUCUUUACGACAAAUCAGAGAUUCCUAUUCUUCCGCGGACUCGAUAUACCGGUUCAGACAUCCGUAUUCGUGACGACGCCAUGCCUUUGGCUCACAUCGUUCUGGCAGUGGAGGGCGCGCCGCGAGAUUCAAACGAUGCCAUUGCUCUUAAUCUGGCCUCAGAGCUGUUCGGCUCGUGGGACAGGAGCCACGGCGGCGGCGGUGAUACUUCAUCCUAUUUGGGCAUCUGUUCCGCUGUUGACAACACAACACACGGUUUCCGGUCGUUCAACAUCUCGUACGCCGACACCGGACUCUUCGGCGCGUAUUUCGUUGUGGAGCGCAUGAAACAGGAGGACGUCUUAUGGCACACGACCUACGAAUGGAAGCGCUAUUGCAUGGAAAUCACCGACAAUGAGCUGAAUCGGGGCAAGAAUUCACUGGUGACCAAAAUCAUGCGCAACAACGAGACGCCGACCGCAGUGGCCAACAACACGAGCGCCGAAGUGCUCACAUUCGGCCGUCGCGUACCGUUGGGCGAGUGGCGCGACCGAGUGCUCGGUCUGAAGGCCGCCCGUAUGCGCGACAUCUGUACGGAACACAUUUGGGACAGAUGUCCGGUCGUGUCGUGUAUCGGACCCAUUGAACAGUUCGAAGACUACGAGGUGGUGAGAGGCAAAUUCAGCUGGGUUAGAUAUUAGACACCCAAUUAUAAGUUAUAAAAUAAAUUAGUUGUGAUUAUAAUUAUAAAAUAAAUUGUUUUAUUGAAAAUGAAAA